CGGAGGAGUAGGUGAAUUCUGCGCCAUAGACGGAGGCGUUCGUAUUGAGUGGCUCCCAUCAGUGGCUUCACAACUGCGCAAUAGGAAAGCUGAAUCACUCAUCCCGACUGUUUCGCUACUCAAAUGUUUUCCAUCUUCGUUUGUCAGAGUGGGUGGUGGCAGGUAACGAGAGGUGAAAAAUGGCACCGCCUUUGUAGACACCCUGUCAGACACCUACAAUUGAGUAGCAAUUUCUGUGGGCCAAUAGCAGAGAGCGAUGCAUCCACACCUAGGACAAGGGUGGGCCAUAGGAGAAGAGGACAGAAGAUGAGAUGUCAGCUAUAGCCAAUGGAAGACAUGGUUUGAUUGACUUGCAGAAGAUGAAGUCCAACUAAGCCAAUAGCCUCCAAGAUGAGGUCUCUGCACGUGGAUCAGUCUGCUGUUAGAGCCUGAGUAUCAGAGAGGAGAGGAAACCAGGAGCAGAGGAGAGGGAAGAGAGGAAGAGGAGAGGAUUGGGGGAGGAGAGAGGAAAGAGGAAAGGGAGAGGAGCCAAGGGGUGUGUGGAGCAGAAAGAACGAGUAAAAGAAGAGAACAAAAGGAGAGUGCAGCAGAGGGAGUGGACGCCUGUUCUGUUUAACAGGACUUCAGGCUGAAGCUGAAGCUGAAGUGGGCUGCUGCCUCUGUCCCUGAGUGAGUGGCGUCUUCACACCGAGAGCACACAGACGGUGUCCCCUCCUCCCUCUCUCUCUCACAGCACUCAGCAGCAAGGCUGAAUGUAUCACCCAGCAGAGCAGUAUCAUGGACGUAACACCAGGGACUCCUACCCUGCUGGAGGACCUCACAGAGGAACAUGGGCCCCCGUCAACAGUCGCCCCUGGGGCCCUCCAAACAGGUACACCGGAGGAAUCAACCAAUCCCAGCACGUUAACAAGAUUUAUGACAGAGGGGCCAGGCCCUCCUUCCAUGUCCAGGGAAGGGGCCCUCAGAGGGACCAGAGACCAGCAACACGACCCUGGGCGCAGAAAGACCAGGCUUAUGAGACCCAGGGCUGGCACCAGGACUCCCCACGGUCAUUUCAAAACCAUGGCCGCAACCAGGGAGGCUACCAAACAGGACUGGGGGAACCCAACAUCAUCUGGGACUUUUACAACAACCAGCCUCCCAGAUAUGGGGGUCCCCACCAGCACCAACGGCCCAGAGAUCCCCCCGGAGACCUGGGCUCCCCAGCAGAGAGGUGGGCCACCUCAGACCGCUCCAGGGCCUUCCCAGGCAGGAUGACAGACCAGGGACCAGGACCAUGGAAGCGGCCGCCCCCCCACAAGCACCACCGUGGCCAACCUCCACACCGCUCCCCACACUCACAGCACUCUCCGCCCCCCAAGGAAGACUGCCCUGCCAAGAGGAGCAGGAGCUCUGGCCCUGAGCAGCCCUCUCACCGUGGCUCAAAGCAUUUAUCUGGACCAGACCAGCCACACUCACCACCCCACUACCUCCCUCCUAAACAAGGUUUCUGGAACCAAUCAUAUGACAGACCUGGUUCUCGCACCCAUGCUGACAGGAGGACCUUGUCUACCGAGUUACAAGAAUCCAUCAAGUCAAGAUUAGGGCGUUUCAACUACAGUACACAUCAUUCUACCCAUAGUCCAGUUCCCCAGGUCCCCUUCGAUGGUCAAGGCCCCCUCCUUCCUCCUAUCCCCGCCACCCUCCUCCAUCCCAGCCCUCCCCCCUCCUCACCAGCAGAACACACCGGCGUGCCUUACAGCCAGCACCACCAGCGCCCCCCAUCACCCCCCUCAGUACCUCAGCACAGCCCCCCAGCUCCACGCUCCCACAGACAGAAGAGGAAUCAGACCCCCUCCCAGCCCUCUGCUACAGAGCCUCCCCACCGCAACAGCAGCCACAGAGUUUUAGGCUCCACAACCCUGAGCUCCUCCUGCCCCUCUGGCCUCUCCAGCUCCACCACUCCUCGUAAGGCCAGUGGGAAGAAAGACCCUCCACCCAAUCAGAGGAAUCCUGACACUGCCGCUGGCACACCCCAUAAACGGGGACCAAGGACCCCCUCACCCAGUCCCACUCCUCCCCCUCUCGCUGCCUCCCCCACAGGGCUAGGCUCAGAGCCCCAGACCCCACCCAGCUCUCCCCAGGAUAGACCUACUGUCAACAACAACAGACCUCCUGUCAACAAGCCAGGGCUUCAGCCUCAUCGACACAAACAGACAGAGAGGACCCAUAAGGAUAAAGAAAGUCGAGCGGAGAGAGGCGAGGUGGGAAAGAGGGAACCAACGAGGAAGAUGGAGAAGAAGAUGGAGGAGAGGAAAAGGAGAAAGGCGAAAGAAGCGAAAAGGGAGGAUGGGGUAAAGAAUAAGUUGAGGGACAAGAUGGAGAGAAAAAAUAGGAAAGAGGAAGGGAGGAAGAUGGAGAAAAGGGAGGAGAGUCUUAGGGCUAAGCAGCUGGAGAAAGAGAUGGGAUGCUCAAAGUCCCCACGUGAAUCAUCCCUCCCUCCAUCAGUAUGGCCUUCCUCCCCUAAGACUCAGUCUGAAUCUAGGGUUCCAGGGAAGCCAGGCCAACCCUCCCAGACACCAUCCACCGCUGGCAAACACAGACACAGAGAGAAGGGCCAAGGAAGAGGUGGAACGUCCCAUGACCACAGCUCUCCAAAUACCUCAGAGACAAUGCCACCUGCUGGCCCGCUUGCCGCCCAUCCUAACCAACCCUCACCACAUCCAUCCAAACACAAAAAGUCAAGGAGGGGAGGGACCCUGUACAAGUCAAACCCAGCUCAACCCAAACACCCCGUCAAGGGCUCACCACUGCCAACCUGUCCCCCACCCACCACCACCACCAUUAACAACAACAUCAGCAGCACCAGCAAGACCAGUAAGACCAGUCCUCAGCCCACCAGCCCUCCAAAACCUUCUAAAUGCAGCACAGAGGGGAAGGCUGAUUCUACCCCCUCCACACUCUCAUCCAAGACCCCAGCAGCUCCCACUGUGGCUGGGUCAGCGGGAUCCAUCCCAAGCCAGCAGAACCAGACAGAGAAAAUGGGUGUGUGUCCAGAAGGGGGGGUCCUGCGGGCCCCAGAUCUCCAGCCUGCGGCGGGGGUGGGCAGUGUGGAGGAACUGGGAGACAACCCCCCCGCCAGCCCCCCUGUGCUCAGCUGGCAAGGCUCCCCAGCAUCAGCCCUGAGUGAGGAAGAAGAGGAGGAAGAGCAGGGAGGAGUGAUGAGGAGACCCGUCCUGCAGCCCAGCCCCACCCACAGCCCGUCCAUCUCACCCCCCCAUGGGAACUUAGAGGAGCUCAAUGAGAAGGCAGAGGGGGUCAGUGAGGGGAGGGGUGCUGAUGAGCUUCGCCAUAGCGACUUGGCCAAGCUCUAUGGCCUGCCUGAUACUCCCAAUGGAGUGGAAGAGGAGGAUGAGGAAGAGGAGGACAGUAGUGGGGACACUUCAUCCAGCUCUCUGCCUCCCCGUCGGCCACACCUCCACCAAACAGGAGUGGCUGAUGUCUUCAAGUCUUUGGCCUCGUUCCUGGGGGGCCAGAGGUACACAUAUCGGGGUGGUCCAUUUGGGCGUCCUCCUCCUAGCUCCAUGGGAGGAGUGAAGUACUCUUCCUCCCUCGCCAUGGACCCGGAAACCAACUGUCAGGACCAGCAGUGUCCCUCCCCGACAUCUGACUCCACCACGCCCCCAAGACUCACUACCCAAUCACCCACUCACACUACCUCAGAUCCGCCUUCUAAACACCGUCCUCCCUUAGACCUCAACCAACCACAACUCUCCGUGGGGGAGCGCACGAAACAGAAGCACGCGAGAUUGGAGGAGAUUCAGAAUGAGAGGAAGAAGGAGAGGACUAAGGGUGUAGACAGCGGGGAGACAGCCGGCUCUCUGAGCGCUGAGCUGAGGUUGACCACCACACACCGCCUCCCUGCCACCACCAAGGAGGAGCGGGGACAGAGGGAGGUACGCAGGCGGACAGGCAGGAAGAGGGUACAAAGCGGUGCAGAUGGAAACAGGGAAGAGGAUGGGAAAAGGAAGAGAAGGAAACAAGAUAGCAGUCAUCGGAGGAGUGGAGGCAAUGAAAAGAAGAAGAUAGAAGAAAAGAGAGACAGAAAAUCAGCCUCCUCCAUUACGUUGUCCUCAUCUACACCAGCACCCAGUAGCCCGGUCAAGCAGCUCAAAGACACUAAGAAGAGCCGUCCGAUUCCGGGGAACCUCGGCCUCCAGAGCAAAGAUAUCCAGGGACAGAAAGACAAGGCGCACACAGGAAACACUGAGCAGGGGGCACAAUCGACAGUGAGGAAGGAGGAGAGGUGCAGUGAGCCUGAAACCAUGACGUCCACACCAGGCAGCAACACAGACACAGUGGCAACCACAACUAGCACCAUCAACACUCCCUCUACUGCUACCCCCACCCCGGCCCCGCCUGCUGCCCCAGUGAGGAGGACCCCCUGUCCCCUGGCUGCUGCUGAUUUCCUGAAGCUGAAGGCCCUGUCCAUGGGCCCUCCCAAGGAGCUGAAGAUCCGUCUGAUCAAGGUGGAGAGUGGAGACAGAGAGACGUUCAUCGCCUCCGAGGUCGAGGAGCACCGGAUCCCCCUAGGAGAGGUCAGCAUCAGACACACAGCCAGCGAGGUCAUCAGGGCCUGCAAGGGGGCGAAGGUAAAGGGGAAGUUUCGGGAGUCCUAUCUGCUCCGUGCUUUCUCUGUCAAGCCUGUUCUCAUCACCGACCCACCCAUCCCACGAGAGAAGCUUAACCCCCCUACACCAAGCAUCUAUUUGGAGAGUAAGAGAGAUGCCUUCUCCCCAGUCCUCCUCCAGUUCUGUACUGAUCCCAAGAACCCUGUCACUGUCAUCCGAGGCCUGGCUGGAUCCCUCAGGCUCAACCUGGGUCUGUUCUCCACUAAGUCUCUGGUGGAGGCCAAUGCGGAGCAUGCUGUGGAGGUGAGGACCCAGGUGCAGCAGCCUGCUGAUGAGAACUGGGACGCCACUGGUUCAGGCCAGACCUGGCCUUGCGAGAGCAGCCGCUCACACACCACCAUCGCCAAGUACGCCCAGUACCAGGCCUCCAGCUUCCAGGAGAGCCUCCAGGAAGAGAAGGACAGUGAGGAUGAGGAUAAGGAAGAACAAGAAGAGAAGCAGGCUCCGUCCUCUGACCCAUCAACCACCGCUGCGUCUGGCGCCAGCAAAGCCAACCCUUCUGUGGUUGCUAGCAAAGCCAACCCUUCUGUGGUUGCUAGCAAAGCCAACCCUUCUGUGGUUGCUAGCAAAGCCAACCCUACUGUGGUUGCUAGCAAAGUCGGCCCUACCCCUAUUGCUAACACACUCAGGCCAGAGGCAAAAUCGACUGGAAAUAUCAUCAAAUUCGGCACCAACAUCGACCUCUCUGAUCCUAAGAGGUGGAAGCCCCAGCUGCAGGAGCUGCUGAAGCUGCCAGCCUUCAUGCGUGUGGAGUUCAAUGGAAACAUGCUGAGCCACGUAGGACACACCAUCCUGGGCAUGAACACCGUCCAGCUCUACAUGAAGGUCCCCGGGAGCCGCACGCCUGGCCACCAGGAGAAUAAUAACUUCUGCUCUGUGAACAUCAACAUCGGGCCGGGGGAUUGUGAGUGGUUUGCAGUCCAUGAGCACUACUGGGAGCACGUCAACAACUUCUGUGAGAAGCAUGGAGUAGACUACCUGACGGGGUCCUGGUGGCCUGUUCUGGAGGAUCUGUACCGCUCCAACAUCCCGGUGUACCGCUUCAUCCAGAGACCAGGGGACCUGGUGUGGAUCAACGCAGGGUCCAUCCACUGGGUGCAGGCUGUGGGCUGGUGCAACAACAUCGCCUGGAAUGUUGGACCUCUCAACUCAUACCAGUAUCAGCUGGCUCUGGAGCGCUUUGAGUGGAACGAGGUGAAGAAGGUCAAGUCCAUCGUUCCCAUGAUCCAUGUCUCCUGGAAUGUGGCCCGCACUAUCAAGAUCACAGACCAAGAAACCUACAAGAUGGUCAAACAUUGUCUCCUACAGUCCAUCAAGCACAUCCAGAUUCUGAGAGACCAGCUGGUUGCUGCAGGGAAGAAGAUCUCUUAUCAGAGCCGUGUGAAGGACGAACCAGCCUACUACUGCAACGAGUGUGACGUGGAGGUGUUUGACCUGCUGUUUGUGACCAGUGAGUCUGGCAAUAGGAAGACCUACAUGGUGCACUGUGAGGACUGUGCCCGGACUGUGUCCAAGAGCCCCUCGCUGGCAGGAGUAGUGGUGCUGGAGCAGUACCGAGUGGAGGAGCUGAUGAGAACCUACGACAGCCUCUGUGUGACUCCAUCACCCUGCUCCAAGUGAGGCCUCCUUCCUGUUGUCCAACAGCCAUAACCAAAACUCCUACACAGUGGCAGCACAGGCGUCGUCUUCAAGGAAUACUACUACUGCUAACACUUGGUGAACAGCCAACCAUGUUUACUCAGUGUCGUUUACAUCACCGUCGUAAAAUAUCGUCCGUCAGCCAAUUGAAUUCCAGCUCACUGUCUUCCCCUCCUACCAGCUGCUGAUUGGACUUGAGUCUUGAGAUAGAAUGACUAGACUGGUACAACUACUCGUUAAAAACAUGUCAGACAACUACAGAAAAUGUGAACAUAGUUAGCACUGAAAAAUCAGGUCUUAUUUAAAACGGACACUGCUGUGAUUCAAAAGCGUCAAGUAGCCGUUAUAUGGUGCAUUAAUUCAGGUACUUUUAUGCAAAUCCAAUGGAACUUUUUUACACCAAUCUAGUUAUUCUACAUCCAUGAAUUUACUGUGUUGCGAUGCUAACAGCAGGGGAAUCGCUUCACUAGCAAAGUAGCCAAUAGUCUCAAUGAAAUUACAUUGUUUUGGUUUUGUUUUCUAUUCAGGUGAACUCUGACAUUUAUAAUUCCUGUCGGUAUACUCUCUGGGGUGCUAUUUCCAUUUCAUUUCUUCUGACCUAGGUAUUUCAAAAGUUUAACCAGCCUAGAAGUACACCUCAUUGGCCUUGCGAACUGUAUUUAGAUGAAAGGGAAAAAUGCAAACAUGCAGAAAACGUUUUCGAAAAGCGUUAGGAAUAUUCAUUUAAGAAAUACGGGUUUACGAGAGGACUAAUCUGGUUUCACUCUUUGUUGGAAAUCGAGUUUGUUUUAUUGUGAUUUUAGUUUUUGCAUAAUAAUCCUAAAUAAUGUUUGGUAGAGAGAGAUGUGAUUGCUACAAUAUACCCGAAAAAAGGAUCCCCCUUCCUUUUCCUUUUGAUAAAUGGUAUCGUUCUCCCUGUUUUCAUAACUCUUUUUCUGGUUGCUUUCUCCUUCUUUUCUGGAUUACAGAGAAAAUGGAAGAAUUGUAAAUUGUGACUUUAUUUAUACAUGUAUAUGUUUUGUUUUCUUAAAUGUAUUUAUUGCAUAUUGAUGGUGCUUCUCUGGGGACACCAGCUAUUUUUAAAGUUUCCUAUUGUGUGUGGACAGGGAAGGGCAAACAGGGGGAGGUUGGAUUUUAAUGGUGCUCAACCCCCUCUUGCCUCGCUCAACCCCUCACUAACUGUGUAUAAAUGAUCUAUGAAUAUAAGUCAAUGAAUAUAACUGAAACCGAGAGGUUGGUGCUUAGAACCGCGUCAUUACGCUUACUGGUAAAUGAAUAGAAUGAUGUCUUUGUACUGUAUCUAACUGAUAAAAACAAUAACUUUUUUCAACUUUUUUGCAUUAUACGAAAUUCAUAAAAUUGUGACGCAUUUGUGAUUUUAUGAUGGAUAUUAUCAGUAUUUGUAGUUUUAGCCACUUUUGAACGAGACUUUUAGGGAUGUAUAGCGAGGUUUGGGUUCCUUCAGUGUUCUGUCCUCAUGAGUAUCAUUUCAAGGUUGUAAUCUUGCUCUCCUCUGACUGUUUAUUGAAGCUGCACUGUUUUAAAAGAAGAAGAAAAAACUCCUAUCAAAGGAGGCCUGAUCCAGACCUGUCUCAAACACCCUGUGAUGUUUCUGUGACAUUAUUGUGAGUAAUAUUAAUCCAAAUAAAAUCAAAAUGUUUGAAGGAAUUCUUUGAGUAAUGUUUGUAAUUGAAUUGGUUUCCC